AUGAGAGGUAAGCAACAGGACGAUCUGAACCAGUGGAAUCUCAUUUGCGAUCGCAUAGGUGCUAGGGUCAAGCCGACUAACAUCACGCGUGUGACGAGACAUCCAAACUCCGCUCACUAUGGUGAGCCCAGAAUUCUGCGGAUAACACUGGCAUCCACUGACGAUGUAGAGGCGGUGCUCUUAUCGGCAUAUCACCUCCGAGGUGAGCGCAGUAAGAUCCGCAUCUUUCCGGAUGUUCCAUGGAGCGAACGUCAGCGAGAAAAAAACAAUUUAGACGAUCGCAACACGGCCAGCUGGCGAAAAACCACUUUAGUUCAUGAUGUGCCCGAGCUACUAACAGCUAGGGACGAGGAGGCUCAUGCUCACGAUCUGGAAGAAUGGCGGUACAUCCGUGAAACUCUAUCUGCAGGCGACGUCAUCCUUCAGUCGAUUUCUAGACUGCCCGUUUCACCUCAUUACAAAAGUAAUGGUCCAAGUAUACUGAAACUUGUGGUUCAGUCCCAGCAGAUGGCGGCGAAAUUAAUGCGUAACUGGCAUAAAAUGCACAAUGCACUGCCAUCGGAACUACGAUUUAAGCUACCAUUUAUUGAAUCGAAGCCACCGGAGGAUGUGACAUCACCUGUGGCUCAAUGUGAUAAAAUAAACGGAGCCGAAGACACUGCAUCAAGAUUAUCAACCACUGAAACCGACGCUAUUGAAGAGCGUUCUGCGUGUGCAGGAACGACGUUAGGCGGGCUGCAGGCCCGUGCGAAAUGUUCAUCGAUAAACUGCGCAAAAACGAUCAGGUGCCGGCCUUUCAUCGGCCGGCUUAAAUCCAACUUCGUGUAA